AUGUCACGCUCUUCCCCGGAACCGACUUUUUCGUCCAGCAAUUCCUUGAGGCCCGAGUCUCAGUUCACUUAUCGCCAACUCCAGCUUCUUAGGCAAGGGUCGACGGCGACGCCUCUUCGCGUGAUCGCGCACGUGGAUCUCGAUGCCUUUUACGCCCAAUGCGAGAUGGUGCGGCUGGGCACGCCGCGCGACGUGCCCCUCGCCGUGCAACAAUGGGACUCGCUUAUCGCCAUCAAUUAUCCAGCCCGCUCCUUCGGGAUUACGAGGAUGAUCUCCGCUGGUGAAGCCAAGAAGCUCUGUCCCGACAUUGUCCUGCAGCAUGUUGCAACCUUCCGAGAGGGUGAGGGUGGGAAAUGGGCUUACCGCGACGACGCUUUCAAGCGGGUGGGCUCGGAUAAAGUGUGCUUGGAUCCAUAUCGGGCGGAGUCACGCAAGAUCCUCAAGGUGAUGAAGGAGGAACUGGCCCGCUGGCAUGCGAAGAUAUGCAGCGAGGGCCUCGCAGGCGCGUCCGUACCGCAACCUGGUCUUGAGAAAGCCAGCGUUGACGAAGUGUUCAUGGACUUGUCGCCUAUUGUAUAUGGCAUCUUGCUUAAGCGGUACCCUGAACUGCGCGCCGGGCCACAUAUCGAUGAUCGGGUUGCGCGACUGCCUACCCCGCCUACGACUGCAUUGGCAUGGAACGCUGAAGAUUGCUUGGUCGAUCUUGAUGAAAAUGAGACGGAAGUGGAUGACCCGGACUGGGACGACAUUGCCAUUUUGAUCGGGGCGGAGGUUGUGCGCGCGGUCCGCAAAACUGUUUGGGACAAUCUUGGUUAUACCUGCUCGGGGGGAAUUGCAAGGAACAAGAUGAUGGCAAAGCUUGGAAGCGCUUGCAACAAGCCCAAUAAGCAGACGAUAAUCCGGAAUCGUGCGGUUCAGAACUUCCUGGGAGGUUUCAAGUUCACGAAAAUCAGGAUGCUCGGAGGCAAACUCGGGGAUCAAGUCACUGCCAUGUUUGGAACAGAGCAGGUGAGUGAUCUGUUGAAGAUCCCGUUGGAACAACUCCGAGCCAAGCUGGAUGAUGAUACCGCCACAUGGCUGUACGGUAUCAUUCGAGGCGACGAUCGAAGUGAAGUCAACUCUCGAACGCAGAUCAAGUCCAUGCUCUCGGCUAAGUCGUUCCGACCGAGCAUUAACAAUCUCGACCAAGCGGAGAAGUGGCUGCGCAUCUUCGCAGCUGAUAUCUAUGGUCGUCUCGUUGAGGAUGGCAUGUUGGAACACAAGCGUCGCCCGAAAACAGUGGCUUUGCAUCAUAGGCAGGGCGCGCAGGUCCGGUCACGACAGAUCCCAAUUCCAGGGGCAUCGCCAAUUGAUGAGGAUCUGCUCUUCAGCCUUGGCUCGACGCUUUUCCGACAAGUCAUUGUCGACGGGCGCGCAUGGCCCUGUGCAAACCUUUCUCUGAGCGUUGGUGGGUUCGAGGACGGGGUAUCCAAAAACAAGGCAAUCGACUCCUUUCUCCUUCGAGGGGAGCAGGCGAAGUCUGCACAGAAUACUCGGUCCUUGUCGAGCGACGAUUUGAUGGAUGCUCAACAACCGAGCGAGAAGCGUCUGAAGACAGAACCCAACGGUAUUCGACGGUUCUUCGUUAAGCCCUCGGAGAUUGACGCGACUGAAACAAGCCUAGCUGACGCAUUAAACAGCUCAGAGGUUGAACAAGCUGCUAGGGAUACUCCGCCAGAUGACGAUGCACGUGAUUCCGCUGCCGCUCUAUCUUACUAUUCCUGCAGUCGAUGCGGCAAGUCAUUGCCUGAGCAUGAGAAAGCUGAGCAUGACGACUGGCACUUCGCCAAGGACUUGGUAAACCAAGAGAACCAGGCCACUCGAAGCUCCCCGCAGACUCAAGCAUCAUCACCUAACCUUGGAGCAUCUCACUCACGUAGCCGGGGUGGUCGUAGUGGUCGUGGUAAGCCCGAAAAGGGACAGACCCGCUUAAAUUUUGGGUAG